GUCUGUCCAUAAAGGACGAAGUUUACUACUACUCUAAUCAUGUUCAAAUCAAAAAGUAUUUGUAAAGAUUUAUGAAAAAUAAAUUUUAAUUACAUAUGUUAAAGUAAAUAAUUGUUUAUUAUUUAGCUUGUAUAAUAAAAUUACUCAAAAAUAAUUUCAUUCUUACUUUUUAUCAGAAAUCGCUAUGUUUUGGCAUUUUUUCACUUUACUUAUAGUUAUACCAAUUAUAUUUCUUGGAGUUCUUCUUUUUGGAGCUUUUGUAAUAGUGCCAUGUGCUUUCAUAUUUGCAUCAUGGUACAUGCGUAUAAAGGAGCGUAAACUACAACGAAGAAAAAGAGAUGGAGCCAAUGUAGCAUUCUUCCAUCCAUACUGUAAGGCUGGCGGUGGAGGAGAGAGAGUUCUAUGGGUGGCCAUUAAAGCUUUUUUAACAAGAUAUCCAGAUACUAACAUCUAUAUUUAUACUGUGGAUACAUCUGAUGCGCAGACUAUAUUAGACAAAGCACACAACCUGUUUAAUGUGAAGCUUGAUCCGGCUAAAAUCAACUUCGUCAGACUGUCCUUGGGUAGACUUAUAGAGGCCAGGACGUAUCCAUAUUUCACACUGCUUUUGCAAAGUUUGGGAUCAAUGGUUGUGGGCAUGGAAGCGUUCAUGAAACUAAACCCAGAUGUUUACAUAGACACCACAGGGUUUGCCUUCACUUAUCCUAUAUUCCGGUACCUGGCCCAAUGUCCGGUGGGCACGUACACUCACUAUCCCACGAUCACUUCGGCGAUGAUGCGUCGCGUCAAACACCGCAUGGUCUCGUACAACAACUCCUCACUGAUCACCAGAAAUCCAGUGUUCACAUGGGUGAAACUGAUUUACUACAAGAUAUUCGGAUGGUUGUACGGCGUGGUGGGCCGCUGCGCGCACGUGGUCAUGGUCAACGGCACUUGGACGGAGGACCAUAUCAACGAGCUGUGGAACGUGCCGCUGGACACCCACCGUGUCUACCCGCCCUGCGAGGUGACAGAAUUGAAGCAGCUCAGAUCCCUGGUGAAGGAGUCGGAUCCUAUUACGAUACUGUCAGUGGCGCAGUUCCGACCGGAGAAGGAUCAUCCGUUGAUUUUGCAAGCCAUGUACGAGCUCAGGAAUCUACUGGUCAAGAACGAAAUGUUGUGGAAUAAGAUGCGACUGGUCCUGGUGGGCGGGUGCAGGGACGAGGCGGACGCGGGCAGGGUGCAGAGCCUGCGCGACCUGGCGCGCCACCUGGCGCUCGAGCGCGCCGUCCACUUCGAGGUGAACGUGCCCUACUCGCGUCUGCUGCACCUCUACCAGACCUCCACGAUCGCCAUACACGCCAUGUGGAACGAACACUUCGGCAUCAGUGUGGUGGAGUGCAUGGCGGCGGGUUUGAUAACGAUAGCCCACCGGUCGGGCGGGCCCCUCGCUGACAUCAUAGAGACCUCCCCCGGCAGCAGGACCGGCUACCUGGCGGCGGAGCCCGACGAGUACGCGCGCGCCAUACUGGAGGCCGUCGCGCUGACGCCGCCACAGCGACGGACCAUCGUCGAAGCGGCCAGAGCUUCAGUCGAUCGGUUUUCUAGCAUGGAGUUCGAGAAGUCAUUCCUGAGGGCGACGGAGCCUCUGAUGAGCGUCGACCAGUGAUGCUGAUGCGUGAACCGUCGAGCGGUACACUGCACACUCUGUUCCAUUAUUUCUAAGCUUACUGUUGUUUUACAAGCAAUAAUAAUAUUAAAUUUUACCAAAGUUU